GGGUGAGGACUCUGAAGUCGAACAUAACUAGGAUUGGAUAGUACUACGGCGUACAACUCGCUCUAUAUAUAUACGUAUACGAACGAACCCCAUUAAAAUAUCUCUACAUCUCCAAUUCUUCUCACCAAGCGGAUUCACAUCUCGAAACCCCUGUUAUUCAGAUCGUCGGAGAUAUGAGUCACCAAGCUGAGUCGUCUGACGCGAAAGGUGGGAAGAAGGACUUCUCGACCGCGAUAUUGGAGAGGAAAAAGGCAGCGAAUCGGCUCGUCGUUGAUGAGGCGGUCAACGAUGACAACUCCGUUGUCGCUCUCCACCCCGCCACUAUGGAAAAGCUCCAGCUUUUCCGCGGAGACACUAUUUUGAUUAAGGGGAAGAAAAGAAAGGAUACAGUUUGCAUUGCCCUUGCUGAUGAAACUUGUGAAGAGCCAAAGAUUCGGAUGAACAAGGUUGUCAGAUCAAAUUUGAGGGUUCGUCUAGGGGACGUUGUAUCUGUGCAUCAAUGCCCAGAUGUUAAAUAUGGAAAGCGCGUCCACAUACUCCCCUUGGAUGAUACAAUAGAAGGGAUCACUGGGGAUCUUUUCGAUGCAUAUCUCAAACCUUACUUUCUGGAGGCAUAUCGCCCUGUGAGGAAAGGAGACCAUUUUCUUGUUAGAGGAGGGAUGAGAAGUGUGGAAUUUAAAGUUGUUGAGGCUGAUCCAGGGGAGUACUGUGUUGUGGCCCCUGAUACUGAGAUCUUCUGUGAAGGGGAACCUGUGAGGAGAGAGGAUGAGGAAAGGCUGGACGAGGUUGGCUAUGAUGAUGUGGGUGGCGUUAGGAAGCAGAUGGCUCAGAUCCGUGAAUUAGUGGAGUUGCCACUGAGGCAUCCUCAGCUUUUCAAAUCUAUUGGUGUGAAACCCCCCAAAGGAAUUUUGCUUUUUGGCCCCCCAGGUUCUGGAAAGACUUUAAUUGCUCGAGCUGUUGCUAAUGAAACUGGCGCUUUCUUCUUUUUGAUAAAUGGGCCGGAAAUUAUGUCCAAACUGGCUGGAGAGAGUGAGAGCAAUCUGAGAAAGGCAUUUGAGGAGGCUGAGAAGAAUGCUCCAUCUAUUAUAUUUAUUGAUGAAAUUGAUUCGAUUGCACCUAAGCGAGAGAAGACCAACGGUGAAGUUGAGAGGAGGAUUGUUUCUCAACUCUUGACUCUCAUGGAUGGGUUGAAAUCUCGUGCCCAUGUUAUUGUCAUGGGGGCCACUAACCGGCCCAACAGCAUUGACCCGGCUCUUAGAAGGUUUGGUAGGUUUGACAGGGAAAUAGACAUUGGUGUCCCUGAUGAGGUUGGACGCCUUGAAGUUCUUAGGAUUCAUACAAAGAACAUGAAGCUUUCAGAUGAUGUUGAUUUAGAAAGAAUAUCAAAGGACACACAUGGAUAUGUUGGUGCGGAUCUUGCAGCUCUCUGCACUGAAGCAGCGCUCCAGUGUAUCAGAGAGAAAAUGGAUGUCAUUGAUUUGGAAGAUGAUACAAUUGAUGCUGAGAUACUCAACUCCAUGGCUGUCUCGAAUGAGCACUUCCACACUGCUCUAGGGACAAGCAAUCCUUCUGCUUUGCGGGAGACGGUUGUUGAAGUACCCAAUGUCUCUUGGGAAGAUAUCGGAGGGCUUGAAAAUGUCAAGAGGGAGCUUCAGGAGACCGUUCAAUACCCAGUGGAACAUCCAGAGAAAUUUGAGAAAUUUGGUAUGUCACCUUCAAAGGGUGUUCUUUUCUAUGGUCCUCCUGGAUGUGGUAAGACUCUGCUAGCCAAGGCAAUCGCAAAUGAAUGUCAGGCCAACUUUAUCAGUAUAAAAGGACCUGAACUACUCACUAUGUGGUUUGGAGAGAGUGAAGCUAAUGUCCGUGAAAUAUUUGACAAGGCUAGACAAUCUGCUCCAUGUGUUCUCUUCUUUGACGAGCUUGACUCUAUUGCUACUCAGAGAGGAAGCAGUGGUGGAGAUGCCGGUGGUGCGGCAGACCGUGUUCUUAACCAACUUCUGACUGAAAUGGAUGGCAUGAACGCAAAGAAGACCGUUUUUAUAAUUGGGGCCACUAACAGACCCGACAUAAUUGAUCCUGCACUUCUUCGCCCAGGUCGUCUUGAUCAGUUAAUAUAUAUCCCUCUGCCAGAUGAGGAUUCUCGUCACCAGAUCUUCAAAGCCUGCCUCCGAAAAUCUCCACUUUCGAAAAAUAUUGAUUUGCGAGCUCUUGCCAAGUAUACUCAAGGAUUUAGUGGUGCAGAUAUCACAGAAAUAUGCCAGAGGGCUUGCAAAUAUGCCAUAAGGGAGAACAUUGAGAAGGACAUAGAAAGGGAGACUAGGAGAAAGAACAAUCCAGAUUCCAUGGAGGAGGAUAUUGAUGACGAAGUUUCCGAAAUAACCCCUGCACAUUUCGAAGAGUCCAUGAAAUACGCUCGUAGAAGUGUGAGUGAUGCUGAUAUACGCAAGUACCAGGCCUUUGCUCAGACCCUGCAGCAGUCUCGUGGAUUCGGAACAGAGUUCCGGUUUACCGAGUCAGCACCUGGGGCAGCGGCAUCUGGAUCCGAUCCAUUUGCAGCCUCUGCUGUUGGAGCUGAUGAAGACGAUUUGUACAGUUAGUUUAUCUGGGAUUUCCGAAUUUUUAGUUUGCAGCAAACUCCCAGAUUCAGUUACAUGCACUAUGUGUAUUCACCAGAAAUGGUUGAGCACUUUUCGCUUUAUAUUUCGGAAAACUAAUUUAUUUCUUAACUUAAAAUUCCUUUUGUCAACUUGUCCUAUCCUAAUACAGUCUUUCCUGUUAUUGAUUUGGUACCCCAAUUACUGUUUAUUUAUCGACUGGCUUAAACUA